AUGAAGUCUGUGCUCUCAUCUCUUCAGAAGAGCAUGAUAAAGGCCUUGAACACCCAAGAAGAAGAAAGAAAGGAUUUUGCCGAAGUUAUCAAAGUUCUUACUGAAUUGGAUAACACUCUGAAGAAGAACACGGAGACUUUGGAUGAAUUCAGUCUGGUGAAGAAUCAGAUUGUGGAAAUUCAAGGCUGUUUAAGAAGAAAUGAUGGUGAACGACAAGAAUUUGCUGACUCUAUUGCAAGGAAGUUUCAAGCAAAGGAGAACGCAAAAGCUAAUGCUGAAAGAGAUCAACCCCAUAUCACCCAAGGUGAAUCAAGUAGAAGAAGUGACGGUGUGUCAAUCGACACUAGAUCCAGACGAGCUCCAAGUAACGAUGAUAACCCUAGGCCAACCAAGAGAGGUGGAGGUCGAAGCGGUGGUGAUCAUGGAGGACGAAGUAGUGGUGGUGGCCGUAGUAGGCUAUCUGGUGUUGAUCAAGGAGGUCGUUCCAAUGGCGGUGGUCGUGGUGGUAGAUUAAGUGGAAGCGGUUGUGGUGGUCGCAGCUUUCCUCCUUUUCUCAAUAUGCUAACCGACCAAGACAUGAGCUCAACCGAUCCUCGACUGAAACAACAAAUUGAUAUUGGUUCUUCUCAGAAGUAA